GUGCACACUCUUGGGCCAACUGAGAUAAGAUCUUCUAUCGACACUAACUGAACUCGGCAUCGUGAACAAGCCAAAGCCAAAGCCUGCGAGGAAACGGACUGUCCUUGUUCCUUUGGGACGGUCCAUCCCGCCCAAAAAAAAAGCCUCCGGUCAGCGAAAGUCACAGAAAGUUCACCUGCCCCAUGUGGAGUAGUAGUGUCGGGUAAAAGUAGAUGAAGAUAGGCGACGAGCCUUUUAAUUUACUCCUCCAAUGUGUGGUACAACCAGACCCCGUGCGUGGGAUGCUGGUCCGAACACGCUCCGUCCUCGCUGAUCUUUUAAAACUGCUGCGAGCACCGACUGUUAUUUUCUCCUCUUCCAAAGGAACGGAAAACCCCUUGUUCUUCUUGCAAACCAGAUACUCCCGACGUUUGAUACCGGACGCUCAAGCCGGUGGUGGUCGCCAUGGGACAGAACGUCUUCGGAGUGCAGGUCUUCUUCAUCGUCUUUCGUGAAUGUCUCGAGGCAGUCAUUAUCAUCUCCGUGCUGCUGUCCUUCCUGAAACAAUGUCUGGGCCAACCCGAUCAAGACCAGGCGGUCUAUAAACGGCUGGUACGGCAAGUCUGGGUUGGUUCAAUGUUGGGUAUUCUCAUCUGUCUGUGUAUCGGAGGCGCCUUUAUUGGAGUGUUCUACGGUCUCGGACGCGACAUCUGGGCUGCAUCAGAGGAUCUUUGGGAGGGAAUCUUUUAUCUGAUCGCUGCAAUUAUAGUUACAAUUAUGGGUCUGGCUCUGUUGCGUAUCAACAAGACCAAGGAGAAAUGGAAGGUCAAGAUCGCCCAGGCGCUCGUCGCGCAUCGCAAGCACCGCACGGCCACAGGCUGGUUCAGCGAGUUGUCGCGCCGUUAUGUCAUGUUCUUCCUGCCCUUUAUCACCACUCUACGUGAAGGUCUGGAAGCUGUUGUCUUUGUCGGAGGCGUGUCCCUUGGCUUGCCAGCCACGGCGUUCCCUCUGCCAGUCGUCUGCGGUAUUAUUGCAGGCCUUGUGGUCGGACUACUCCUCUACCGUGGUGGUAAUGUCAUGACCAUUCAACUGUUCCUGAUCUUCUCGACUUGCGUGCUCUACCUCAUCGCUGCCGGUAUGUUCUCCAAGUCCGUUUGGAGUCUGCAGUUCAACACCUUUUCGCAAAAGGUGGGCAGUGAUGUUGGAGAGUCCGGCGAUGGUCCGGGCUCGUACGACAUCGCCACUACCGUGUGGCACAUCAACUGCUGCAACCCGGAGAUCGAUAACGGUUGGGACGUCUUCAAUGCCGUGCUGGGCUGGCAGAAUACCGGCACUUACGGCUCUAUCCUCGCGUACAACAUCUAUUGGCUUUUUAUCAUCGUCUGCAUUGGCUGCAUGCUCUACGAAGAACGCACCGGCUCCCUGCCGCUGAAGAAGCAGAUUAUCGACACUAUGCUUAAGGUCCCAGGUCUGCGGACCUACGUCAAGCGUAAACUUGCUGUCUCGCGCGAGGACGCGGAGGACAUCAUCCGCCAGGCACAAAACGAUACCCGAAAUGCGGCUGUCCUGCAGGUAGAGCAGCCGAAGUGAGCAUUGAGAAUAGUCAGUUGAAGUUCAUAUUUGAGGAUAGGGACGAGAGUGGAUGAUAAUAGGAUGAUGAGUUAUGGUCCAUCGCCUUUUUUUACGUAUAAAUGAAAAGCAUGAAUGAAAUAUUUGCACACGAAAAUAGUUAUUACUCCCUAUACCAAU